CCUGAAAUUAAUGCGCGAAAACCGGCAAUAUGACAGCCCGUGUACGAAUGGCUGAGAAUGGUGCUCAGGUUGUAUCCAGACUUGAGGGGCGACAGUCAUUGAAGGAGGUUGAACCCAAUAUUUUUCCAGUGGAUGGCGGCCCAGGACAAGGUGAUAUUGUGGAGUUUUACGGCAUGGAGGGCACAGGUAAGACAGAAACCUUGUACCACCUGAUCACACGCUGUAUCAUGCCAGUGCAGAGUGGGGGUCUGGAGGUGGGGGUAAUCAUCAUCGACACAGACCACCACUUUGACAUGUUGCGGUUAGUGAGCAUCCUAGAGGGACAUUUGGCCAGACACUCAAAGGAAAGUGACGGUUCUGAGACUGAACCUGAGGAGGGAGUAUGUUCAUGUCUGCGCAGGCUGUCUGUAGUGCACUGUAGCAGCUCAGCGCAGCUUCUUCUUACCCUGCACUACCUUGAGAACUCCAUCUCCAUCCAGCCCUCCCUUGACUUGUUGAUCAUUGAUAGCAUCUCGGCUUUCUUCUGGGUGGAUCGACACAGUGGUGGUGAGAGCAUAGCUUGUCAGGAGGCUAACAUGAGGAAGUGUGCUGAGUUCCUGGACAAACUACGUAAAAACUAUGGCAUUGUGAUUUUCGCUACCACCCAUGCAAUCAUGAGGAACUACAACACAACCUCUGAUUCGGGGCUGUCAGAUGUGCCUGGAUCAUCAUCGUGGAGGUGGAAGUCAGCUGAUAGUGCUACAGACUUUAACAAGCCUUACCUGUGCAGAGCAUGGCAGAGAAUAGUAACUCACAGAGUACUGUUCACAAAAAGCCAGGUGUCAAAAGACCAUAACCAGGUUUUCUCUGCAGCGUGUACCAGCAUAAUGACCAAAGGUGUCAAAAAGUGCUUGUUUAAUGUCAUGGAAGAUGGCUUAAAAUUUUUAUGUGACAAGUGAAAACUCUUUUUUGUACAAGAACGUUCAGGUGCAAAAGGAGGCUAUCAGUGUGUUUAAUGAUCUAGCCAGAAAUUAUUCCACUUGUCUUAUUUAAUUACAAUGAAUUACAUUUACAAUUUAGAUUACCACAAGUAAAAAUAGCUAUGGACCAGUACUGAAGAUUAAUACUUUUGUCAUUCGUCUUAUAAAUAAGACACACUUCCAUUACUGCUUUGCCAUUACAGCAAUGUCAAGAAUUCAUAUUACUAAUAAUAGGGUAAGAGAUUAAACCGAGGGUCGCCUUUGGUAUAUAAUUCAUCUAGCUUUGUUAUCAGUGCUAUAGGUGUUAUAUGUUUGGUUAGUGUUAAAAACACCUAUAAUUUAUGGAGUGAAUAACUAUUUAAAUUUAAGCUUGUGCUGGUAAAUCUUCCACGUAUUUUGUCCUAUUGCUUUGUCUGUUUUUGUUAUGUUUUAUGAAUAAUAGAGACUUACCCUCCAAUUAAAGAAAACUAGUUCUUUAUCCAAAAAAUGUCUAACGAAUAUGUAGUGUAACUAAACUAAUUAUAAAACCAGUUAUUUAGUAAGCUGUCACCUUCAUAUACAGUGUGGUCUAUUAAAUCUGUCAGUGUCUUCAAUACAGAGGACAGCGUUUUGUAACUCUGUGGAAUACUGUAGCUCUCUCUCUCUCUCUCUCACACACACACACACACACACACACACACACACACACACACACACACACAGCAUGGAUCAUUGAGUGAGAGCGGGAAGGAGGAAACACAUCGAUGAAAGCAUCAGUGAGACACUGUCUUUUCAAACACUGGUGCUUCUUUCAGGCCAAGAAGCUCAUUUCCUCUUGCACCUGGACUGCUUUGGACAGCUUCCCUUCAAUCCUUGACCUUUAAUGAGCCUCUUUUUAUCAUGAACAGAAAAGAACACCAGAAAAUACAAAUGUACUUGUAACACUGUUUUAUUCUUCUAUCGUUUAGGUUUUUCUAUAGUAACAUUGUGUUUACAUACAAGCAAUUGAUAUGUGAAUAGAAUAUGCCUGAAAUGUUUUUUUUUGUCUACAUUGUCUACAAAUUUUGUCUACAUUGCUGGGAGGUUAUUUGUUAAAGUAAAAAAUAUAAACAAUGUGAUUACAACAUCAAUAGAUAAAUAAAUGUAACUUUAAUUUCA